AUGCGUCUCGACAGCAAGUGGGCCGCUCUUCUCCCGGUCAUUCAGGAUAUCUGCAGCAUCUCGGGUAUCCCAGGGGUGUCACUGGGCAUUGUGGAGAAUAACAAAACCGUCUACACCGCUUCGCUGGGCUACGCCGACAUCGAGAACGAAACCCCUUGCGACAGCGACACAACUUUCGUGCUAGGGUCCCUCACCAAAAGCCUGACGGCUGCUCUAGUAGCCUCUCUUCAUGACGACGGUAUCAUUCCCUCGUGGGAUGCUCCAUUGAAGACGUUGCUACCAGAAUUUCAUCGCGAAGAUAUCUACGGCGAAAUUACCCUCACCGAUCUGCUUACACACCGUACUGGCCUAGCAUCUCUUGACUCUCUCUGGCUCGCCUCUAACAAUGUUCCUUACCUGCCUCGAUCGGAGGCCGUUCGAAUCCUCAAUUACGCCCCGGGUAUCCAGCCAUUUCGAACCCAGUUCAUUUACAACAACUUUGGCUACGAGGUCCUCGGCCAGGUGAUUGAAAAGGCGGCUGGUGAAACAUUUGCAGAGGUUCUGCAGCGUCGCCUUCUGGACCCGCUCGGUAUGUACCGAACAUACUACACAGGGGAGAGCCGUGAAAACGAAGCGAAGCCCUAUGCUGCGCUGGAGGACGGGUCUAUUGUCCCUAUUGCACCGCCGUUGCAUGGUGAGAAUGUGUUGAUGGGGCCAGCUGGGGGUGUUCGAAGCUCUGUCAAUGAUUUGUUGACCCUCUAUAAAGCCUUCAUGGGUGCUGCUCUUCAUGAGAUUAUCCAUCCAGACACGGGCUCGCCUGAUCAGCCCAAGUCCACCAUUCGAGGUAUCAAUCAGCUAUGGAAAGGCCAUCAAUCUCUGCCCUUUCAUUCCAUCAGGGAGCAUUCGUAUGGAUUUGGCUGGGCCCGGGCCCAGUUGCCUGCCGUCAUAUCCCAGGGAAGCGAUACAAGCACACCCAAUCCUAUGCUUGGAACAGGUGCACCAUCGCAGCUGGCCUUGUAUCACGGGGGCGUUAUCCCUGGGUUCAAUACUUACAAUGUCUUGCUUCCUGAAACUGGCAGUGCAGUUGUUGUGCUCACCAAUUCUCAGUCUCUAAACGGUGGAGUGCGGUGGAUUGGCGAGCUCCUUGUCGAAGCCCUUCUGAACAACUCCCACAAUGCGCCUGACUAUUCCAUUCUGGCAAAAGAAUCGGCGGAGAUCGCGUUACAACAAGUAAGGGAUAUCAAUAAGAGUCUGGCUGCGGGCCGAACUACUGAGAUUCCUUCUAGGCCACUAGAAGCUUACGUCGGACAAUACUUCAAUGGAGCUGGGAAUUUCUUUAUUGAAAUAGGGUACAGCAGAGACAAGGCCAGUCUUCAGCUUGCGUAUAUGGGCCGAAAGGCCGAUACAUUCGCACUUCAUCCAUACCAAGAAGACAGUUUCUAUUGGACCUUGACGCAUGAUGAGUCUGCGAAGCUCGCCCGAGAGCCUAUUUUCCCGAUGGAGUAUCACGUUCUCAAGUUCGGAUCUGAGGUGAAUGGAACGAGCGUCUCUUGCCUUUGGUGGCAGCAUCAGUCGGGCCUGCCAGAACCUGGGGAGCUAUUCAAGAAGAGGGAAAAAGAGGUUGAACGCAUCCGGGUAGAAUUAUGA